AAACCAUCCAGAGAAGGGUCCUAGGAUCUCAUUAGGGAAGUACUCGUUUCUCUUUUGUUUCGAUUUAACCUGUUCAUCUUCUUGAUCAGUUUUAGAUCGAUCCGUUUUGUUUCAACUGAUCUGUUCUUUGAUUCGUAAAAUCCAUUGAUAGAUCUGUAAUCCGUGGUUGUUUGAUUGUGUGAUCUAAUCAUUUUGUGUCGAUUAAACUGUUAAGAGUUUUGAAUUGAUAGAUCUAGGUUUCGCGCUUUUAGAUCCGAUCGUUAUCGAUUCAUAUUCUCGUUUUGAUCUUUGUUUGAAUCUGAUUGAUUGUGUGAUCUGUUUUAAAUCAUCUAUAACAACUAGAUCCACUUGUGUGACGUCGAAAUCUGAUCAACGAACCUACCCUGUGUUGAUCAGAGUUAAGUAUAUGAGAAGAGGAGCUAAGGGAGUUAAGGCAUUAGAGGAAGAGAUGAAGUAUAGAAGAAGAGAUGAGUUUGGGUUGAGUGAUCCGUACAAGGCCGUACAGGCCGUACCAUCCGUACAUAGGACAUCAACCAAACUCACCAAGGUAAAGAUAAGUUACCAAGGUAACUUAGUGGAGAGGAGGAUAAGCUUUGGAGUGGAUAAGACCGCGGAGAAAGAAGGGAUGAGGCGCGGACUGACAGUCUGGCAUGGACUGGAAAGUAAACAGUGUUGAACUGAAGAGAAGAUAGAGCUUGUACAAUAAUAGGGCAAGCUCUAGAAGAUGUCCAGAAGAGUUCAAUCAAGCUUCAGAGGUGUUCUGAAGUAGUUAUCUUGUGAAGUUAAGUCUAGGAAAGACUUAGACUGAUCAUGUGAAGGCUGUGAAGGAGUUAGAGAGAAGAUGGAAGUAUGGUGCAAAGAUAGGGCGUUCAGUACGGCCUUGUACGGUCUAGGGUGAGCCAUGAAGAUGUCUAGUGCAACCAAGAAGGAAGAUAGGGCAAUGUACAAAGAUAGGGCGAGUGGUACGGACAGGAGGUCCGUACCAUCGACCGUACAGUCCACUCCUCACGCCCAUGUCAUCCGGUUAACCCCAAAUCUUGAUGUGCAAUGUGUGGGCGGUUCAAUCUGAUCUUAAGUGACCGUUUGGGAUACUUGGAGGGAAAGGAAGAUUCAAAUGGAUAAGGUGAGCUGUUGGUAUGAGCUGGAAAGGUAAAGGUGCUUUACCUUUACAGCCUUGACUCAUCUUAUCCAUCCAAUUCAAAUGAAGCAAUCUGAGCCCUUUACCUUGAGUCAAAUCGCCAGCUAGCUCCAGCAACAUCAAGACCAGUCUUCUCUCAUCCUCACCAUCCAUUUUAUCUUGUAUUUACAGCCUUAGGAUCUAGGUUUGUGAUCUGAGUGUGUAAAGGCAUAUAUAAGCCUCUUAUCAUCAUUUUGUAAUCUCUUAAGGGAGUAAGGGGGAUUUCCCCUCUCCACUUCAUGAAUGAUAAACUUGUUCUUGAAUCUAAAACCCUAAUCUCUAAUCUCUUAUUCUCCUAAUCUCUCAGUCUCUUAAUCUCUGUUCCUAAGUCUCUUAUUCUCUCAUAAACACUCUCACCAAUCUCUCUUUCUAAAUUACCUAGAGCAAGCUCUCAUCUUUCUCCAUUGGAGUUUAUACACACACAUACAACCAGAGAAGAGAACUCUACAAAUCUCAUAUGGUAUCAGAGCCAGGUUCAUCAGAACCUGAGCUGAAGCGUCCGCAAGUCCACAGCUCACGCCUCAGCUCAAAACCAAACCCCUUUGACGCCAUUGAUGCUUUCCCAUCCAGUUCAGUCCCUAAUGAAGAAGAAGGCUGAAGCUUGGCGAGUUCCCUUGGUUCCUCAUCCUGUUCUCUACUUGCUCAGAUGGAGAUUAUCCUUGGAGGCAAAGGUGUAUGGAGAGGCCUAACUAACCUGACUCCAAAGCUCCUUGUCCAAGAGAAGUUUCACAUCAGGCUAAAAGAGUAUGGUGUCAAGAGCUUGGCGCCUAGAUGUUCUGAAGAAAGGAGGGAUCUUUUGAGUUGAUGGUACAAGAUGGUGGCCGUGAACUGAAGGAGAAGGAGGUGGGUGAUGAUCUAGACUCUCAGUUCCAACAACAGUCAUGGCCGGUUUCACAAAAUGCAAAAGGAAUCAACCUGGUUCCUUGUUGUUCACAAGAAGUGUUCUUUGCUCACCACCUAUCCAAGACAAGAGGAAGACUUGAACCGUUGUGUGGAGCAAUGGGAAGAUACUUGUGUGUAGAAGCUGGUUUAAGAAGCGCAGGCCACGAGGUUGUUGAGCUCCUGGUUCAAGACAUACAAGCGGAAGACCAACCAUUGUGUGGAGCAAUGGGAAGGUUCUUGUGUGUAAAAGCCGGUUUAAGAAGCGCAGGCCACGAGGUUGUUGAGCUCCUAGUUCAAGACACACAAGAAGAAGAAGGUCACCACCUAAGCCAUGAGGAAGGCCGGUGAUCUGAGGGUACUUGAAGCUGAAGGCAAAAGGGUGGAUCAGUGAUUUAAGCGCAGCUGUUAGGGUGAUGUGCUCCUGGUCUUGAAGUUCAUUGAGGCUCAUUUCAAGCUUGGAUCUUCCCCAUUCUCGGUCUCAAGCUUGCGGUGGGGAUUCAAAUGACCAACCUGAAGAGCUAAAUUUCAAGACAUGUUUCCUCCUUAUCACUACAAGAGAAUGAUAAAAUGAAGCCUGUUGCCAACAUUCUGUGGAGAGAUGACUUGUGGUGAGAUGACUUGUGGUUCUGUCCAUGGUGGUUUAGUCACCAUAGCCUACACAUCAGAUGAGUGUAGAGAGGACAGUCGACAUACAAAGAAGAGCAUCACCAGGAGGGUGAUGCAAUUUAAACAAAGACCAUUGCAAGCUGAUCAUGGAGUGAUCCAGCCGAAGUAGAGGGAAGAAGAAAGCUACUCAAUAAGCCUCUGGUGUGAGAUGCUUGGAGAGUGAGCAUUGCAAGAGGUAUGGGCACACCAAGGAGAGGUGUUGGAUACUGAAUCCAAGCCUCAAACCUGCCAAGUUCAAGUGAACCGUGCCCAUGGAGGUUCAAGAGAUCAGCUCGGAUCUCUUGUUUGUAAGCAAACCUCCUAACCCUUAAUAAGAGCUUGUGUCUUUAUUUAUUGUGUAGAAUUGAGUAGAAUGUCUAUACUGCUUGCAUCAUGUUUGAAAAGCUGUUUUGCAUGCAUAAGCAUGUCUCAUAUUGUCUAAGUUCAAUCCGAGUGUGUACUGUUGCUAAUGUUUAUGUUUAAUCCAUCAAUGAAAGUCUAGCAUCAAUUAGAAAUUGUUUAAGUUGCUUGCAUCAUUGGUCUUGAUUGAAACUGCUGUGCAUAGCUUUAAUAUGUCUCAUGGAUUGAACCUGUUGCAUUCAUGUAGUUAAUGCUUUAAGAUUGUGCAUUCUUGUAUUGAUGCAUUUAAAAAUGAGCCUAAAUUGUCAAUGUAUUGUAUAAAGCUUGCAUUGUCAUUUUAGAGAUUGAAAACUGCUUGUUCUUGCCUUAUUGAUUGGCUUGUUUCAAGGUUUAUAUAUUGCUGUGACAUUGGUGAUCAAACAGGAUAAAUUAUCUUGGUUUGAUCCCAAUGGGAUGAUCUGAUCUUGCAUUGAGUUGUGGUGGUGUUAGGUACACAAGGAAAGUGAUACAUGUAACUCACCAACAGCCAAGAAUGUAGAGACAAAGGUCUUGUGCCAUUGCAUAUCAUCACUAGGACAUGUUAGUCCAUAAUCUACAGGAAGUGUAGUGUGAUUGAUUAUGCAAUGAGAGAU